AUGAACGGACAGCAUUGCAAACGACAACAAAAGUCUCAAGUCAUUGCGGUUGGUGAAUGGCAGAAGGAAGAGAAGGUUGAUCAGUUCUUGGCUGUUUUGACGGUUGUACAGCCACUUUCCAACCACACAACAUGCUGCGUUGUAGACUUUGGGCUCUAUGUUGACGAUCACGAAACAGCCGAGACACAUCCUUCAAGCGAAGACGGUUUCAAAAAAAAAAAGGAAUUGGACUCGCUCCAACGAUUACUGUUUGAUUCUGGUGUAAAUCUACAAGGAAAAGAGCCACGAUGGAGAAUGGCGGUGCUAUUUAUGUACAACAACAAAAAUAACAGCAAUAACCACACAAAGCGACGACGGUCUCACGAUCCACUGAUUCAAAUAGCAUACAACGACAACCAGUCGAACGAGCAGCUUCUUCCGAACACGACGGUCGUUGUAGCAUGUCUCUGCGAUGUAACAACCACGAAGACGACGACGGUCUCACGAUCCACUGAUUCGAAUUGUACACAACGACCACCAAUCGAACGCGCAACUUCUCCCGAACACGACGAUUGUUGUUGCAUGUCUCUGCGAUGGGUUUUGGAGGAGUACGAACAACAACAGUCGAGCCAGUGCUAUGUUCUUAUACACCAGUAG